ACAGCGAAGGAAGGAGUGUUCACUGAAACUGAAUGCUGACUGCAGAAUACGGUUGAGUAAUGUACUUUAAGGAAGUUAACACAGGCUACAGUAUCAUUGUGUACAAGAGUACAGAAAGUAUAUAACAACAUGGGGAGAGCAAAGGCAUGGAUUCAUCUCCUUCUUUUGCUGGUUAUCAGUGAUUUCAUUUCCGGACAGAAUGCAACAGCUUCAACAGCUCCUACUGAGACUUCUACAUCUGUACAAACAGCAAAGACAACAGCAACUGGUGAACUCACUUCUGAAUCAGCACGUACAACCCAACCAAUUAUUCAAUCAUCACCAACCACUGUUAGCUCCAGAACAGAAACUGCUGUAACUGGUCCGACCACAACUCCUCUGGUGGGAACAUCAUCUACACCUGUACAAUUAACAACUACAGCAGCCUCUGCAUCCAUCCCAGGAGUGACAACUGCAGAGAACACCACUCAGCACUCAACAACAGAAUCCACACCAAACUCAACAACAGGGAACAAUCUCCCAACAACAGCAAAUACCACAUCAAGUAUUGCAAUAACAACAGAAAGCUCUUCUUCCUUCCAACCACUAACAAAUACAUCACAAACCUCUGCAUCACCUUCAGUUACACCAGUGCUACCAACUACACUGAGCAGCACUCAACCAUCAACAACUCGCAACAUGACAACCUCAACAAGUGAUGGCAGUUCCACAGCACCAGGAGUGACAACUGCAGAGAACACUACUCAGCACUCAACAACAGAAUCCACACCAAACUCAACAACAGCAAAUAUUACACUGGUCCCUCCAACUACACUGAGCAGCACUCAACCAUCGACAACUCAGAACAUGACAAUCUCAACAAAUGAUGUCAGUUCCACAACACCAGUUACACAGGUCCCUCCAACUACACUGAGCAGCACUCAACCAUCGACAACUCAGAACAUGACAAUCUCAACAAGUGAUGUCAGUUCCACAACACCAGUUACACAGGUCCCUCCAACUGCACUGAGCAGCUCUCAACCAUCGACAACUCAGAACAUGACAAUCUCAACAAGUGAUGUCAGUUCCACAACACCAGUUACACAGGUCCCUCCAACUACACUGAGCAGCACUCAACCAUCGACAACUCAGAACAUGACAACCUCAACAAGUGAUGUCAGUUCCACAACACCAGCUGCAACAACUGGUCCGACAACAACUCCUCUGGUUGGAACAUCAUCUACACCUGUACAAUUAACAACUACAGCAGCCUCUGCAUCCAUCCCAGGAGUGACAACUGCAGAGAACACCACUCAGCAUUCAACAACAGAAUCCACACCAAACUCAACAACAGGGAACAAUCUCCCAACAACAGCAAAUAUUACACAGGUCCCUCCAACUACACUGAGUAGCACUCAACCAUCGACAACUCAGAACAUGACAAUCUCCACAUUUGAUGAUGAUUCCUCAACACCAGAUAUUGAUGAAUGUGAAAUCAACAUAGCAACCUGUGAACAAGUCUGUAUAAAUACAAUUGACAGUUUCAACUGCAGCUGCUAUCCUGGUUUCAGGCAAAAUUCGGUGAACACAUCUCUUUGUGAUGAUAUUGAUGAAUGUACAGCCAUAGCAAGCUGUCAACAAAUCUGCACCAAUACGAUAGGAGGUUUCAAAUGCAGCUGUUAUCCUGGCUAUAGAGUCAACACCCAAAUCCCUUCUCUCUGUGAAGCACAGCGCAAAGUUAUCUUCAGGGUCACUGUCACAAGCGAGGAUGUGAAUCUGGCUGACGAAGGAGUUCGAGAAAAGGUUCGCCAAUUUCUUCAACAUGAAGCUAAUUUGCUUUAUUAUGGAAGGAUCUUCGAACAAGAAGCAUUUCUAGCUGAGACCAACCCACUCCAGGUCGCAACCUGAAUAAUAUUGUGCAAUAUUCAUCAUUUUUAAACGUAAUAAGGACACCAUGUUAUUAUACAGAUUGAUCUUAUGUUAAUUUCACAUUGGGAUCCUUUCCUAUGACUUUACAAUCGAUACCCUAACUGUACUUGCUGAAUUUUCAAUAUAAAUACAAAUGUAAUUAGACCCAGAUAAAUUGACAUUUCCACUAGUUUGGUGCAUGAUCCUUCUAAAAUUAGCACAAUGUUCAAUUGGUUAGCAUAUUGUUUUAUUUCUAGAACAUUUGAAAGGCUUAUCCAACCAAUUUUCGUACAGUUCCUCAAAAGACCUGGAGAUUGAUUUUCAACUUAGCACCUAGAUAUGAAAGUACCAUUGCUAAAUGGCCACCAAGCAGAGAAAGAAACCACCUGUGCAAUUGCAAUCAUCUCCAGCAGAAGAGCCACGGGGAUGAUCCACCUGGGUCUCCACUUGAAACCCCCAGCAUCACAGAUGUUCACAUUCAGCCAAUACUAGUAUAUUCCCAUCAAUGUGGAAAAUUGUCCAGGUAUAUCCUCUCCACAAAAAGCAAGAUCGAGACAGUUUUGCACAAUCCGUCUACCCUUAAUCAUCAGCAAACACAUAGAAGGGGUAUUUGAAAGUGCCAAGAAGCCCAGCAAUAACCUCAUCCCUGAUGCUCAGUUUAGGUUCCGUGAGGGCCACUCAGCUUCUGAUCUCAUUACAAACGUGGUCCAAACGUGGACAAAAGAGGGGACUCUGGACGGGAGAUAAGAGUGACUGCCGAUGACAUCAAGAUAGCAUUUGAAUGAAUACGGAAUCAAAAAGCCCAAUCAAAGCUCAAGGCAGUGGGAAUCAGAAGGAUAAUUCUCCACAUCUGGCACCAAUGAUUUUAGUCAUGAGACAUCAUUGCAAGAGCUUCUCAGGGUAGAUAUUUCCAAUCAACCAUUGAAAGGUGACAUUUCACCCCUCUAGAAUAGGUGGGAUCUGGACCUCCUGGUCCAGAGGUGGCAACACUACUGCACCACAAGAGCCCCAGAACUCCUCAAGACAGUGUCAUAAGUCCAACUAUCUUCAUCUGUCUCAUCAACAAUCUUCCAUCCAUCAUAAGAUCAGAAAUCGUCCCACCCAGAUGUUUUUGGCAUAUAUGAUACACUCCAGGAGGAUGUAAUCUGAAACAAUUACUUCCCACUGACGUUCUGGACACAUUUUCACAAUUUAAUUAUUAACUCACAAAAAGAAAUAAUCAAUUAUCUUUGUAUUUGAGGUAAAAAAAAGGGUCAUAUCAUGAGACAAUUGCUGUCAUUAAUUUCCUUAGAAAUACUUUCACUCUGCUGCCAACAUUUCUUCAAAUGUUUUGAGGAAGGUUUACCUGUAGAAUUUCUGAUAAAUUCGCAUGAGUAGGAUAACAUAGUGGCAAUGUUGCUGGUCUACUAAUUUGGACACUGGAGUCUGUGUUCCACAAUAGCAUUUUAAAUUCAAUUUGUAAGUAAAACAUGGAAUAAAAAUCUAUAUUCUCAGUAA